AUGCAAAGGGAGAGUCGUAAGCGGAGAGUCGGCAUCGUAACCCCACCCGAUGCUCGAGUCCUUAUGACCCCGAGAACGCCAAGUCCAAAGCGAUACCGAAAGGAAAAUGGCGAUAACUUGGAAAUGGGUUAGUUCGCGAUAAAAUUUGGGAGAGGUGGACAUAGUAUAACGGAGCUUGCUGGAGGAAUUCUAACAUAACACACCAUUGGGUUUGAAUAGAAUGGAAAAGGUACCCCUGCAUUCUAUAAUUUUUCCAAUGCAGUGGGUUAAUGGUUUUAAUCACUACAAAUCUUUCAUUUAGCUAGAUAUGACGAAAAUACAACUCUUAAGCACUAACGUAAGCGGGAAUAUACAGAAGGUAGAAGCGUCAACCAGAUAAUCAGUUGUGCCUUUUUGUGUAAAGUAGAUGCAUUUGAACAAAGGACACUAAUGAUCAGUUUUGUUUCAGAAUGAAUGUUGGUUUGAUUUAAGUGGGAUACCUUCUGUUCUGAUUUCCUGUUGUGAUUAAUUGCACAAUUGAUCAUGUCAAUAAGAGAGCGAUCUACGCAGUAAUGAACAUUACUUGAGCAGUAGAGAAAAUAAGGCCUGAAAAAAUUCAGGCCUGUACGGGAUUUGAACCCAUGACCUUUGAUACCGGUGCAGUUCUCUAUUUUUGCUAAUGCUGAAGUAGUGUUCAUUACUACAAAGAUGGCUUUCAUAUUCAUUUCUUUAUCUGCAGUUCACAUAUAUGAUUUUCAUAUAUCCACAGUCAUAAGUGAUUAUGUCAGUUCCCCUGAGGAAACAUUUUGUAAGCUCUGAUUGGCUAUCUUAGCCUCCCUUAGUCCUUGGGAUUGAAAUUUCCUUUCACAAGAUUUACACCUCACAAUCCCAUUGCUUUAGAAACCAAAUAAGUCGCCAGAAACCUGACACCUGAUUUAUUUCUGGGUGGCUACUAAUUUCUUCAGAAAAAAUUUUCCUUAUAAUUAAAAAAAUUCAUUUUUCUUUCAAGGUGAAGCCAACCUAAGGGCAAGACAAGAUGAAAAACAUUAUAAGGUGUAGUAAUUAUCACUUAUUUUUCUUUUUUAUGUAAAGAAAAUAAAAUCUGUAUUCAAUCUGCAGAUGCUCAAUUGAAAGGGGAGUUUUUAAUGAAGAGAUGGUGUAAAAGUAGAUGAUGGAUAACAAGCUUUUUUUUUUGCACUAGUAGGGGAUUCAUUAUUCUUCCAAGUCAUUUCAAUGCUGUUUUUUUUUUUGCUACAUAUUUCAUUUUUGUGCUGCAUACUUGGACCCAAGCAGCAAUUUAACCCUUUGCACCCAAAACGUUGUUAAAUAAUGAGGAGCUUCUUUAGCCGGUGAUCAUUUCUUGUGACCUUUGCAUGUGAUGGGGUUGAUAUUGUAGGGAGAAAUUAGAUGCUAAUCACCCUAAGGGGUUAGAGAGUUAAACUGAAUUGUCUUUAGAGUAAGUCAUUCAAAAAGUUAUGUUUAGGUCUUAAAGUGGGUGAGAUAUCAGUUCCAAAAGAAGUACAGCCGUUGGGUGCUAUUUACUCUAAUAGUAGAGAGGUCAGAAACCUCUUUGAUGAGAUGCAAAUUGGCUUUCCAGCUAGUUAUUUAUGUCCUGCUCCAUUCAGCUUUUCAUUGAAUUUGUUGCACAGUUAAUAGGUGCUGCUUUCAGUAUGUGUACUAUUACUUACAUGUAAGUAUUUCUAUUUAGCUAAUUCACAGUAAUCCUGACUCAGCUUUCUUUUGACAAUUAAAUAUGAGUAGCUGCUAACAAGGCUUCAAAUCGCUCAGCCCUGGAUGGAGAGAGGUACUGUGAGCUUGUCUGUCCUCCUCCUUUCCAAACCCAGAGUGUUUGCUGAAAUGAUCUGCAAAUAAAGCAGGGUGCAUAGGAUGUUGAUGGGUUUUUACAGAGAAUGACCAAUAAAGGACUUACCAUUGUAUUGUCAUGAACUGACAGGUGUUUAAUGACAGCAUCCAUGGACACAUUGAAGUUCACCCGUUGUGUGUAGAAAUUAUUGAUACACCACAGUUCCAACGCCUGAGAGAUAUCAAACAAUUAGGCAAGUCUUCUCUUCUCUUUGGUUUCAUUUUUUCCUUUGGUGAAAUGUUCUUUAAAUCAGUUAACUUCAUCAUUUUCAUAUCAUAAAAUAAAGAUCAAGCUGGUUUGCAGAAUUUUAAGUCAAGAAAGAGAUGUCUUUGUCAUUGAACUGUAGAGGUGAAAGGAAUAAAGAAACAAACACCCAGUAUUUGGUUUUCAAAAUUUGCUUGCAUUGGCUUGCAUAGAUGUAUGUUGUAAAUACUGUCUUUCUUGUCUUAAAACUUAGGAGGUUGUUAUCGUGUAUUCCCAGGAGCUUCACAUAACAGAUUUGAACAUUGUAUCGGGUAAGUCUUUCAGAGAAUUACGGUCCGGUCGUUACCAAGUACUUUCGCUACUAGUCCGAUCGCCAUCAACCACAGUUUCAUCAGCUAUCACGACGAAGUCCGUUCGCUACUACUGGGAAUUACCGAGAGAAACAUCGAUGAAACUCAGUAAAAAGCCACAAAGAUUUAUAGAAGAAAAUUUCUGUAGCAUUUUAGAGUAUAUCUUGAGCGAUCACUUCACUCAAUCAAACACCGUGCUCGCAAGCUUCCAUACCAAGUCUGUUUCUACCAACUUGACUCUCAUGAACAGACUUCUUUACAGCCAGACCAGUAUACGAAUGUAUGUUUAGGAGUUGUCGCCUAGCUGUAUCAUUUCUAACUUGCCAAAGAUCAGAAUACCUUACAUUUAGAAAUCGAGCAACGCGCAACACCAUAUUGUUUUCGUGAAAUCAACAACUUCUAUGACACGUCGCUCACGUUUUCUUCAUUUAAAAAACAUUCUUUUCACAAGUCUUAAACGAAAAGAUUAAGUACGUUAACCUGAAACAAAUUGGAAACAGUUGUCUCAUGUAAACGUAAAAACCGAAACGAACGAGCCGAAGAAUCGAUCUGGACCUAGAUUUACUUAAUUUAAGCUCAGAGUCCGUUCGCUACCAAUAAAGUUUUAGUCUCGAAAAAUUUGGUGGUAAUAUUACAAUUUUAUCACCUCUAUAAAGCCAAAUCAGUGUGAAAAUGUUUGAUUAGGAGUUGCCGCUUAGUUUAAUAAUUUCUGACGUGCCAAUGAUCAGAAUACCUUACAUUUAGAAAUCGAUCGACACGCGACGCCAUAUCGUUUUCGUGAAAUCAACAACCUCCACUACAAGUCGUUUGCUCACGUUUUCUUCAUUCAAAAUAAAUUUUUUUUUCUCAAAAAUCUGAAACGAAAUGAUGAAACACCUUAACCUGAAAUAAAUUGGAAACAUUUGUCUCAUUUUAAAAAAAAAACUGAACGAAUGAGAUUUUUGUGAUGGAAGUUGUUGAUUUCACGAAAACAAUAUGGCGUCGCGCGUUGCUCGAUUUCUAAAUGUAAGGUAUUCUGAUCUUUGGUAAGUUAGAAAUGAUAAAGUUAAGCGACAACUCCUAAACAUUCAUUCUUAUACUGGUUUGGCUAUGUAGAAGUUUGUUCAUGAGAGCCAAGUUGGUAGAAACGGACUUGGUAUGGAAGCUAGCGAGCACGGUGUUUGGUUGUGAAUGAAUAUUUGUCUUGAUUGAUCGUAUCAUGAAGUGAUCGCUCAAGAUAUACUCUAAAAUGCUACAGAGAUUUUCAUCUACAAAUCUUUGUGGCUUUUUACCAAGUUUCAUCAAUGUUUUCUGUUGGUAAUUCCCAAUGGUAGCGAGCGGACUUCGUCAUGGUAGUGAUCAGACUGUGGUUGGUGGCGAUCAGACUAGUAGCGAAAGUACGUGGUGGGACCGGACUGAUAACUCUUUAGAUGUGAAGUGAACACUUUCUUAAAAUAUAAUUUUGUAAAUUUGCGAAAUUACACCUUAGAAAACAUAUAUAGCACUAACAAACCAAGAAUAAUCAAGGAUGGGAAAAAUAUUAAAACUGAUUGCAAAUGACAGUAAUUGUAUAUGCCAAAAAUUGUGAUGUAGCUCCUUUAAUGUCCAUUAUUUUGACGUUGACAAUUAAUCUUUGAUGUAGAACUUGCUACUUGGCUGGAAGACUUGUGAAGAGUUUGCGUAAAAGACAACCAGAACUGGGAAUCACAGAUGAGGACAUGCUCUGUGUAAGGAUUGCUGGGCUCUGUCAUGAUCUAGGUUUGUCCCCAUCAUCAUCUUCCAGAAGAAAUUUGGUGACCAUCAUACUUAUUCAUCUUUAUGUGAGAAACAAGCACAGGCUAUGAAUAGAACUAUUGCCUCUGUAAAUACUGUAGUUUUAAUAGUUUCAAGUCAAGAUGAUUUCAGAAAAGUUUGAAUUAACCCUUUAACUCUCAGAAGUGAUUAACAUGUAGCUUCUCCCUGUAAUAUACAUACAUUAUCCAGCAAACAGGUAGUGAGAAUACUCAAACUUAUCUGGUAGUUGUUAUCUUGAUCUAGCACCAAGUUCUUAUAACUAAUUUACAAGGAAAUGUAUGGCAGCUAGAGGGGUCAAUGUGGUAAGGGUUAAUGUACAAAGAAUUAAAGUAAAAGCAAAUCAGACUAGAAGUUUAAUUUUAUUUUAACUGGAAUUCAAUUGAGACUACAAAAUAAUAAGUACAAUAAUUACUUUCACAUAAGAGAGGAAAAUGUGUAACUUCAAAUUGCAUGAAAUUCACAUUUAGAGGAAAAAAAGUAUAACAGCAUCAUUUUACUAAGUGGGAUGCAAACAAUAGUCAGGUAUCAUUCAAGCUGUUAUAAUAAAAUUGGAAACAAAGGUAUUUCUAGAUCUCUGUGAUUGAAUAUUUUAGCUUUUACAUAUGAAAUUGUAGGAUUCUAACACUGUCUCUGUAGAGAGAAGGGGGUUUUUCAACCUCUAUUUGGAGAUGAGAUGGCUGCUUGUGCUUCUUGAUUGAUGUUGAUUCUUGUAAAUGAUUAGGUAUAAUUUGUUGCAAACAAAUAUAUUUGAAACAUAGUUAAGAACGAUCAACUUAGUGUUUCAUAUCCAUGCUGAUGCUGAACAACAUUGCUUUGGGAAACAACUAUUGUUCUUGUAUAAUUUUGAAGUUUUGUUUAACUUUUGUGCUUUGUUUGUUCAUUUUGAUAGGUCAUGGGCCAUUUUCACAUACAUUUGGGGCAUUAUUUAUACCAACUGCUAGGCCUGAUGCACACUGGAAGGUAAAUGUACUAUAACUUCAUGUAUUUUUACUGAUUAUGUGUAGUUUUACUCACCUUGCACUGAGCUCAUCAGAUACCACACAAGUCCUAAUAAUACUCAGUUAUACUAUUCAUCAAAAUGUCCAAUAAGAAUAUAUAUGCAAUGAGAAAGUUCAUUUAAAACUGUACAGAUGCAUGUAACAAGUACCAAACCUGUUGGCUAAAAUAAAAGAUACAUGAACUGACUAAUGUUAUUUCUUUUUUAGAUGAUUUCUAGUGAUCUCCAGCUUAACAUGAAUCUUGUUUUCAAUUUUGCAACAUGCAUGACAUACUUCAAGCCAGGUGGUACUUGGUUAUGGACAAAUUUGCUUUUCAAAUCCUGUAAAAUAGUUUUUCAUCAAGAAAAUACUAAAUAUUGCUGUUAAGGUGUGACAUUUUUGUGCAAUUAUGAGAAAAGGUCAGGAUAAAUGUCAACUAAUGAAAAGUUUUUACACAAUACAAUCCUUGUGUGUACAGAAGUAUGCUCAAGCAUUUUAAUAUCCAUUGGUUAAUCUGAGGAAGCUGUUUUAAAGAUAGUAUGCAGAUAUACAUUGUAUUUAAUGAUGGAGGUAGGACUGAGUGGAGUCCAAUUCUGUCUGUAAUCAUACAGGAGAGUGACAAAAUUGGACGACAAUGAAGGGGGAGUCUAAUUUAUUAAAUAUGAUUAUAGACAGAAUUGGACAAAAUAAAGUCCUGUUACCAAUCAAUCAAAACUGUGAUGAAAUUUGGGAAAGAAGCUAGAGAUCGGUGAUACAUUUUUAUUAAAAAAACAACAGUUAACAAGACAAAAUGCACUACAUUAGCAUGCACACAUAACACUGUCCUAAUAGUGCUCAAAUUAGGCUGGUGAUAACCAAUCACGUUUAAUAAUUUUGUUAUAAUUUUAAUAAAUAUGUUAUUUCUGUACAUAGCAUGAAGAUGCUUCUGUUAGAAUGUUUGAUCACAUGAUGAUGAGAAACAAGUUGUCUCCAAGUUUUGAAAAGUAUAACUUAACUGAAAGAGAUGUGACCUUUAUUAAAGAGCUAAUCGCUGCAACAGUGCUGGAGACAACUAUAUGCACUUCUGAGGUAUGAUUCAGCAUUCUGUGUGAGAAAAGGGUGGGGGAACAGGGGCAAGGUGAUUAUGAAAGUAAGGUUUUCCUUCAGAAAAAUGCAUCCAAAGUUUUACUUCCCAUACUGGAACCAAAAACAAUUUUUUUUUCUUCUGCACCUUGCUAAAGGCACUUGCAAAUGUGACAAUUAAGGGGUGCUUGACUGCAUCCACGGGCACGUGUUUUAUUACUGUCGGUAGGAUUGAAUUCACCAGCAAAAAAUCUAAAGAGCUGUGAGAUCAGCUGUUUCAGAACAACUGUAGUUGUAACCUAAGGAUCAAAUCUCCAUUUUUAUACUUUCUUUCAUCCACGCUAAGACAGAGUUGUGGCAUUUUAAAAAUCACUCAGUUUGAAGAGCGUGAAAAGUAUUGUGAUCUGUGGAUUACAUGUAUCUAUCUGUAUUAGUGUGGAUGACAGGCCUAAUUACGGAAAGUUGGUAUGCGGACUUGGCCUAAAUAUUGCCGGGUGAAAUAAUCAGUGAAAUCAUGAAUAUUCAUACUUAACCCUUUGACUCCUAAGAUCUCACUAGUAAUUCUUCUUACUGUCUGUUAUACAAUUCUUAUGAUGUUAGUUCUGAGGUUCGAGCAUUGUAUCAAUAAUCCCCUCGUUGAUAUUUUUCUUCAUUCUUAUUACUUGUCUGCUUGAUAUUGUAUCGAUAUCGUAAACAGAAAGUCUUUGUUGAUCACUCUCUAAGGGUUAGUAGUCCGCUUUUUGUUACUGAUACCUCACACCUAAAGCUCUGUACAAUGUAUGAAAUGUAUGAAAUGUAUGAAAUGUCUGAUUAUUAUAUUAAAAUUACAUUAAAGGACUGGCCAUAUAAAGGAAGAGGACCAGAGAAAAGCUACUUAUAUGAGGUAAAAAUACCGGGGUAUAUUGUAGUAUCAUGUGAUGUUCUGUCUGAAGAUGUUGCAGUCCAAUGGCUGACCCGUUUAACUUCGGAUCCAAAGGUCUGUGUUCAUCAAGCUCUGUUCAGAUCUUCCUUGUUGUGUUCGUGCACAAGACUGUUUGUUUACUCUUAUUGAAGUUCUCCACCCAGGGAAUUGUAUGGGAAUCCUAAAUUUUAAAAAAAAAGUACAUCGUGGGUAGACUACAAGCUGUCUCUCCUUCUCGGCGAAAUCCGUUGCGCAAGUCAAAACAAAGAAAUUGCCAAAAAAAAUUGACAUGACGUGUUAAACAUCUACAUCGUAAAUGUUAUACACAUGCGAGGCACAUAACAGUGUUAUCUCAUGUUGUACUUAUGAGACUUACCUGUGUUUCAGAUUGUUGCCAACAAACGAACAGGCAUUGAUGUGGACAAGUUCGACUAUUUUUCACGAGACUGUCAUUGCUUAGGAAUCAACAACAGUUUUGAUCAUAAGUAUUUUACACCUGCUUUUGUUGUUAGUCAAAGGAAGGAAGAAAGACAGUGAACUAGGGAUAGUCAACUUAAGCCUACAGCUUCCCUGUUUUAAUUCAAAUUAAUUUUAAAUUUUUUUGUAAUAGCUCCGAGAAAGAGGAGUCUGGUUUUAAUUUAUUUCACUCGAAAAUUCGUGCCACUUUCUCAACCAUUCGGGUAAAAAACUGAAACCCUUUGCGACUUGCCUGCACUCUCAUGUUUUCCCGCUGUCCACUUUUUUCUUUUUGUCUUUUUACUUCGAGUUCCAGACGUCAUUAUGUAAUGUUAUCCUUGGUUCUGUGACUACCUCUCUUUGGUUUUCCUAGUGUCAGUUCAAGUGCACUCAACGUUACAAUCACUGAAAUUAUUUCUUGUUCACAGGCGUUACAUGAAGUUUGCCAGAGUCAUCAAUGUCAGCGGCAAACUGCAAAUAUGUGUACGCGAUAAAGAAGCAGGCAACGUCUAUGAUAUGUUUCACACCAGAAACAGUUUAUUUCGAAGAGCUUACCAACACAAGACGUCAAAUAUCAUUGAAAGAAUGUAAGUUACCGUAUGUGGUUCCGUGGUUCCGUGGUUCCGUGGUUCUGUGGCUCUGUGUAAAUAAGCAAAGCGUUUCAAGUUGUACACGUAAAAUAAGCGUUAUAGUUGGUGUUUGACUGGUUGAUCUUUUUGGAGAUUACACCGUCAACACGUUGUUUGAAAAUUCUUUUUAGUGUUUCGCGCUAAUGAUUUCUACCGGGAAUGUGGCAGAACUUUGGUAAGAAAUAUGAUAUAGAAGAUUUCGGUAAAAGAUUCGUAGAUGAACUGUUGCGAAUAACAACUGACAGUUGAUUCGCAUUUGACAUAAAAAAAACCUAAAAAUUCUUCGUGCUACAAAGUACAUAUCUGUUGGUUGGAUGUGAUUUUUUGCGUCGCUUCUUUAAAUUGUUAGAGACAAUCGAAUGGCAAGAUUUAAUUUUCAAAUCAUUUAAAUGUGUUUUUGUAAUUACAGGAUUACAGAGGCACUUCUCAAGGCUGAUAGAAAAGUACUUUUCAAAGGAUCAAAUGGGUCAGUAAAUGCCAGCUUCUUCACAUUAACUCUGUCGCUUGGUGCCCUUUUUAGGAGAUUGAAUUUUAGGAUGCAAUGACACAUAGUGAUACCAUUAUAUAGUUCUCUUGUAUUUCAACGGGAAAAAAAAAUUGUUUGGGAGGUUCAAUCAAUAAACCAGCAUUUUAUUUUUUUCCGACUAAGGAAAGUUCUCGGGGUAAGGAUGAGAGUCGUAAAACAGACAACUUAACCAAAACAACAGACGGGUUUUGCGGGAAUCUUAAGGUUAGGCGAUCAGCGAGUAAAAUCGCCUGGUGUGUCGCCGGCUUUAAGCACCAGGGAAAAAUUUACGACAAUUCAGUUGGAGAAAAUUGCAGAACAAGAUGUAAUUUCUAAAUUUAAAGGCUGAUUGUUAUGUAAACAACUAUGCUCUAACAGUUGAGUUACAGGUGGAUCAGGCUAUUACAGUUUUCUAUUUUUUCGUCGUUUGUUAGGAAGAUGUUUUCAAUUUCUGAAUGUAUUGAUGACAUGGAAGCGUAUUCACAGCUAAGUGAUCACGUGUAUUACCAGAUCCUUAACUCGAGCGAUCCUGCGCUGGAAGAGGUGAUUAUCAACAGGAAGGCUUUCUAGGCAUAACGUUCGUUAUCGGUUUCAUUAUUUUAAAACACCUGUUCUUUAAUCGAUCGAAACUUCCAAGGAUUAGGUGAAAGAUUACUGACAUCGGAAAUGAUUUCUUCCUUCCAGUUGUAGUUUGCCGAAAACUGAAGUCUAAACUACGCAGUUUUAUUCCAUGGGGAGGGGGGAAGGAAGUGUUAAUUCUUACCUCCAGCGUUUUUGUGUCGUUUCAUUGUUUUGUUUCUUCGCUUGUUUUUCAAGGCUCGUAAAAUUUUGCUCCGAAUACAGCGCCGAGACCUUUACAAAUGUAUCGGCCACUCCAUUUUCCGCGAACGUCGAGAUGAAGUAAGUUUAUCUUGACUUCCUUUUUUUAGCGAUGAAAACGAGAGACGUAAUGCAACAAGUUUCACCUUGUUAAAAUUAGUGUGAGAAAUCAAUAAAAAUUGAUUAUCGACAAUCAAUCGAUCAAUCAAUAUCAAACACUGGAAUGAAAGAAGUAAUUGGACUUGCAUGGGAUGAUCGAUAAUCAAUCGGUAAUUAUUACUGCUGUAGAUUGAAUCCAAGGAUGAUGAUUUUCGCUGAUUGAAGUCAGGUUUGCUCGAUAUCUCGUCGUUUCUAUGUUUAAUUUGAUGUAGACUUGCGAAAAGUUAUUGACCUUUCGAAAUAAGAAUCGAUGAUUCUAGAGAACCAAUCCUGAAAAUGUACAGCAAUCGAUAAAAAUCGACGGUAGCAGUCAAAUCAUGAUGACAGUCAAAAAUCAUUGAUUUGUAGCUUGCGACAUCGAUGAAUUGUUGUCGAUUUUAAUAAAUUGAUAUCAAUUAAUUUCGUUGCCUAGCGUUAUCAUCGAUAGGCCAGGCUGAGGAAGAAGAUGAAAAUAGAUAGAGUAGUGGAUGAUUUUUGAUGAAAGAACUGGUAUUCGAAACGUGGUGAAUUCUGAACUCGGUAAGGAAUAGGGAGAAAAUUUCUUUUUCCCUUACGCGAAGGUGAGACACAAAAAAAAUUGGCGUGGCUCACCGUAGAGUCUCUUUGGUUUAGUGAUAAAGCGUUGGAGCGCGGAAUCCGAAGGUCUGAGGUUCAAUUCCUCACGAGGAAUUUUCUUUGUCCCAUGCUCGUGGAAAACACUAAAAAAAAACCAUCUUUCUCUAACAGUUGUUUUGAUUUUUAUCGGUCAGAAGGAGAUUCCAGACAUACAGCUAGAUAUAGCUGGUUAUAUUGAAGACGGCCCUAAACUCGACCCAGAAGACUUUAUAAUUGACGUAAGUAUGGCGAUGGAAUGUGUUCUUUUAUUACAGGAGUCAGAUUAGCACCCGCCUGACUGUCGCGUGGACAGUCUGACGUCUUUUUCUCUCUUGAUGCAACUUAACUGGGAGUCAGUUUUUUAAUGGUGGACAAUUUAAUCAAGGCUUUUUUUUUUGUAAAUCACUUGUACUCACUUUUGUAAUCGAGGUUCAAUGCUUAGCAUGGUAAACUUUUUGCAAAAAAAAGAAAUAGGAAAUGGGUGAGAACGUAGUAGCUUUUUUCCAUUCCAUAGAAGGGCACUUAAAAUUCCACCGAAACUGGUGUUCAUGUUUAACAAGAGCAGAACCUUUGUUUCGAAGUAUCCAAUUUUGUAGGUCUCCCGUUGGAGAAGCAACUCUCAGGGCAAAAUGACUUUUCUUUUCCCAGAUGGUCACUUUUGACUAUGGAAUGAAAGACAGAAAUCCAAUUGACGAGGUGCGGUUUUACGGCAAGAGCAACCCAGAUAAACCUCUGUUUUUUAGAAAGGAUGAGGUAUGUUGUUGUUUUUCGAUUCAAGUGGAUGUUUAUGUGGUAAAAUUCUGUACACAUGAAGAUGGCGCUUAGUGGAUCUCGCUUAAUUGUUCACGGAUAUCGGAAGGCAAGCACUUUACGUACCACAAUAUGAUAGUGCUCAAAAGCUUUUGUUUGAUUAAGUAAGUAAACCUAAUGUGUUUAGCCCAGAUGGACUAAUUGGGGACACCAAUAAAAUAGCAAUACUAAUUAACAUUUGGUACCUAUAUUAUAUAGUAUUAUAUUAUACUUAUAUAUAUAUGGUACUAAUUAACAUAUAGUACUUAUUCUAUUGGUUACAAAGAUUACAGCAAUUGCUGUUGAUGGUUAAAAUGUCUGCAAGAUCCAAUUUUCUUAUUUUUAAUAAAAACGGGUAAACUGGGAGAAGUCGUUUGAUUUACGGUAAGUUUUGACCAUGAGAAUAUUCACACACUGGGGUUUUAUUCAUAGAUUAAGAAGUUAAAUCAACCUUUAGUUGCGCAAUAAUGCGCAUUUUCUAUUGAUUUUGCUUUGUAGUAACCCUCUUUAGACGAGGGGUGUUAAUUUUUGCUAUUAAAGUCGAAAUUCUUGUGCUAGCGCUGCAAAAUUUAAUGCAUGUAAAGAAAGUGUGAGGUAGCUUUCACCCAGUUGUUCACGUAUAUUAGAAUUACACAUAGUGAGCGCCGAAUAGCACCGGAUACUAAUCCAACUUUCUCUUUAUAAGGUUAGCAACAUGCUUCCUGAAAUGUUUGCAGAGCAGCAUAUCCGAGUAUAUUUUCGUAAGAAUGACCCUAAACUCCUAGAGAAGGCACAACGGUGAGUUCGUAGAGUUUUUAUCGUAAUCGACUGCUAAUGAUUAAUGACACAAGAAGUACUGUAGACAGCCUCUUCCUUGCCUCUCCGUUCGACUAAUUGGUACUGCUAUAUUUUUCUGAUUUAAUUUUCAGAUGCUUCCUCCGCUGGUGUGGUAGGCAGAAGUGUACCACGCCAAAGGUAUGAACCUCAACGCGUUAAUUUCAGGGAGGAGGUGGGGGAAGGGGAGGAGCGCAUAUUCCAGAAUUUCACGAUAUAUACAUAUCAUCCGGAAAUUCGCGCACGUGCAUCAACAUUUUAUCGUGCAUUGUAGUAGCAUUUAGUUGUAAAACAAGUUUCCACUAGUAGUAUGUUUCAUUUGACCUUCUGCCACAAAACCCUAAUUUUACUGUCCCCAAUGUCACUAUCUAACAACUUCCCUCUUUCUCGAAGUUUUAAACUCUCUAAUGUUAUUGUGCUGUAUUUGUUGCUAGGGAGGGGAUGCUCUGGCGGAAUUGACACCUAUGAAGUCCGCACAACAGGGUGGCCCUAGCAACAUGGAGAGACGGCUCAGCUAUCAAGAAUAAGGGCUGAUUUUAGUUUUUGAUAAUUUUACUGGCGAAAAAAAUGAAGGAAGUUAUUAGAUCUAUUCAAUUCCAGUUUACAACUUCUUUUAAAGCCUUUUUGAUAUAUUUUUUAAUUAAGAAAAAAAUUAUAUGUUACCGUGUAGUGGGUAUGUUGUUCGCACCAAUCAGAUCGCCGCGUUAGGGUAUGUAUUGCACCAAACAGAUUGCCGCAUUAGGGUAUGUAUCUCGCACCAAUCAUAUCACAGCAUUUGGAUAUCAUGCCCCAAUCACAGCGUUUGGGUAUUGUUUUCUUGUAAAUUAUGUCAUGGAAACAGAGGGCUGUGCACAAAGAAUGGCAUUAACAAGAAAUUUGGGCUCAUUUGAUAAGUGUUAUGAUUGUGGCCUUUGCAAGAGCCUCGUCGAGUAAAGUCGAGAUUUAUCGGAAUAUGAAAGGGUCGCAUUUAUUUUUAUUGUCAUUUUAAAGUUAAAACGUGUUUUUCCGCUCCUUUUCUCACAACGCACACGCGAAACAACUUUCCAUCACGUACUGUGAAAACAACGCCCAAAGUCCAAUCAGAACAUACCCAAUUAUUGCACUUCAUGAACAUAAGGUAAUUUUUCACGUGCUUGAAGGACCUGCAUUUUAUCAUGUAUUCUACCCGAAUUAUCCAACACCACUGUAAAAAUUUCAUAGUAAACUUUGUGCUACUGAUAGUGAAUUUUUCACGCAUUCUUCCGCGUUUUGACUUUUCAACGAAAUUCGCUUUAGCUACCUAUGAAUUAACCCAUUCGCUUGUUAAACCUGCAUUUUAUCACGUAUUUCACACACAGGGCAGAAUCCAGAUAGGCAGCAACCAAUCAAGGAGUCCUCUUUGAAAUAUUAUCCUUUUCUCUUGCUUAGUGUAUCUUCCCUUCCACAAGAUCACAAUGUCUUUGGUUAGGGUCUAUUGGAGAUAUGACAGUUUUAGUUUGCUUUUCGCAGUUAAAUUACGUGGAAUUAUAUUUUUUAGGCGACUAACUGUAGACGAAUUAUUUUGAUUUUCUUUCCGUUUAAGGAACGGCUGUAAGCGUAGUCUCUUUUGCAACUGUUAUUUGGUCUCGUCACACCAUGGCUCUCUCUCCAACGUGGAAUAGAGAAGACCAAACAACGGCUGCGAAGGAGACUGCAGUAAGCGUGGUAUCCAUGCAUUUUAUUUUUGUUCAGAUGUAUUUAGACAGAGACAGUACACCAAAAAAUACCUGAGUUUACAUAAAUAAUGUUUUUUCUCUUCCUCUUGAAGUGAAGUAAUGCGAUAUUUUCGUUCUUUUUGGAGUUAUGAAAAUAUUAGGAAUGCGAAGUGUCCCCCCUCGACCUACCCAGCCGAAAAAAAUAACCCUUUUUAUGGUAAGCAUGCUUAUGUUUUAGUUUUCAUAUUGAGUAACACUUUCCUGGAAUUCUCUGGCCGCAAGAGAAAGUAUCCAAGAGAAGUCUCGAGGUGAAUUUUAUACGUUUAAUAAACACAACUGAGG